AGUUGGGUUCGCAACAACAAAACAUAACAAACCGCAGUCGCGAAUCGGACGAAAUCGGAUUCGAAAUCAGAAAUAACGAACAUAACUCGAGCUAAAUUAACAAAAUAAUAACAUUAUAAAUUAACAAAAUAAAAUUGUGCGUUAAAAAAACGUCAAGAAGAGUGAAUUACAUGGAAAAAACGAAUCAUAAGAAAAACAAAUUUAAGUGCUUGUGAGCUUAACACCUUAUUGCCCACCCCCACAGUUAUUUAUUCCGCUUGUCUUCCUGUGGUCGAAAAGUGGGGAGAACGAUUUUCGCUGCGUUCAUUUGAGCCCUUUAAGCCGUUUAGCCAGGAUCUAAAGGAAUAGACGAAAAACGAACCCCUUUUUGGCUUAGCUGGCAGGACUUAAAAUAUGGUUUUCCGCUCGAAACUUUCGGGGGAUGGUAAAGUGAUUCAUAAAUAGGUGGAAAAGUUAUGGGCACAGUGAGGCCUAAUGCAAGAAAACGAAAAAAUACAUACAGCAGUAAAUAUCAAGAAAUUUUUAAAAUAUCCAUUAAAUGAUCUGAAAACAUUUUUGAUCAUAUUCGCCUAUGUACAGGAAUUUAUAAAAAAAAAAACACAACGAGGGUUGAAUUAUUUCUAAAAAGAUUAAGACUUCCUAAGUAUCUGCUAUUUUAAAAUAAAUUUAAUUAAAAAAUCUUAAGCAAAAGCCUAAGUUUUCUAAACAAAACUAUGUAAGCGUAUUUAAAACGUUUUAAAUAAAAUUAUCAAGGACCCCCAAUGUCAUUGAUAUUGAGUUCCACCAAUUAAUAUAGAUAAUAGUUCAUUAUUUAAGAGAGCUAUUCUGAACAUCUGAUCCUUCAGCUUCAUUUAAGAAAAAAUUGCAGAGCUCUUUUCUCUCUGCUAAUGUAGUGCUUAAGUCUUAGUCCUGCUUCGCAGGACACGCACGUGUUGUUGGCUUUCUCUUAUUUGCUCUCUUUGCGCAGCGGCGCAGCUUGAGGUCUCUUUUUCUGUGAUACUCUCGGCACAUUCGUUUCUCUCAGUGUCGCUCUCCAGUGUAAAACGGCUUGUUCUUCCACGCAGUUUUGACACUUGUGACAUUUUUGACACACAAAUCAAUUGUUACGUGAAUUUUCAGCGCUGCAGCAGCACAGGCAGCAGCGCCCAGCGACAUCGGGUAAACGCUCAUAAAAUCGGGUAAAAAUUCCAACAAAAAAGUAAUAAUUUUUUUCGACAUUUGCAAGAGUCAGAGCGAGAUGUUGUUAACCGAAAAAUAGUGAUUUUCGCCGUGUAAUCGAGCAAAAAUCGUUGCCUACUUUUGUGCGCUGCGUGUGUGUGACAUAAUUUGCCGUUCGCCGAGAAUUUUAACUUAAGGAUUCCCCCACAGGAGAGCCUCGCUAUCGUGACCUCAGAGUGCAUAACACACCACUCGCCCGAACCUCCCCUUUAUGGGGGCCUUCUUUUCGCUGCAAAUCGAUUUCUGUUUCCGGCAUUUUUCACGUGGCUGCUGCUGUCUCCCUUCACUCAGAAAAAAAAACCGUAUUAAAAUAUUUUCCGAAAUUACAAUUUUGUUAUUUUGCACUUUGUGUUCCUUCAAGAAAAUGUUAAAUUAUGAAACAAGGAUUCCUUGCCUUGAAGUAAUCGUAAAAAUUAAAAUUUAUGCAUUUUGAGUGGCUAAUUGUGAAUUUAUCACCAAAAAGUGUUAAAGUAUAUUGCUUGAAUUUUGGUUACAGAUAUUAAUUAGUGAGUCCGCCUAUUAUCACAAAAAGUAAAGCACACAGCAGGAUUCAAGCAGAAUAAUUGGUUAUCUUCAGGUACUUUAUUUUUUUGAAUAAGUUGGAGACAUUUGCUGAGGUUCAAUUCGAGUUUUUUCUUAGUGCUCCCAUCGUCUGUUUCGUGCAGUUUUGGCAUUUUGCUGCCGUUCUGGCUUUCCCGCUGUUGUUGUUGCCGCCUAACGAUUUUUCCCGCAAACAACACGGCAAAGUGAAACGUGCCAGGCCAGAGGAAAAGCCAAAAUGAAAAGCCCCAAAAGGCGGCGAGAGAAAUGAGAGAACAUUAACAGCAAGGUGGCCGUAAUCGUAAAUCGCGAAUCGUAAACAGUUUUCUGGGCGCUGCGGGGAACCAGCUGAAAGUAACAGUCAGCCUGGUUGGUUUAUCGGAAUCGUUUUUGAUUUCCUGCCUUUGGCCUGUUUUCCCGUAUUUCGUAUUCCGUAUUCGGUGGUCCGUAGUCCAUUUUCCGUGCUCUGCUUCUAGCCACUUCGCCACCAUUCGCUUUUGGGGGUUUUCCUGCUCGUUUAGUUUCGGUUUCGGUUUCAAUUUCAGCCAGUCAGUCAGCUGCUGCUUUUCACGUGGCACGUGUCGUAUGAGUAAUAUUUUUCGGGUGCCCUUUCUCGCUUGCAGUCGCCUCUUCGCUCAGAAAACCACAAUGAUCAAAGACUGUUUAAUUGAUAUAUCAACUGACACAAAUAAAUAAAAUAAAGUGCUUAAAUCAAUCGCAAUUGCAAAGUGUUCAAAAUUCUUAAGCCUAACACCAAAAUUGCCAAUAUAACCGCAAAAGACAUUGAAUAAUUGGCUUUAAAAUCGAUUCUACGAAAUCGCAUUUUAAAUGUUCGACUGGAUUAAAUUUAACAAAGAAGCGUAGACGAAAUACGAAUGCAAAUUAGAUGCAAAAUAAAUGGGUAAAAUGAGGUCAAGUAAAUACGAUGUUACCACAGCUUACGGUCUAUGCCAAGAUUAUUUACCUCCUGAUGGUGGUGAUUUCAGGUGCAUUAUGUACAGUAGAAGAUUACGUAAUAAUGUCACAGUGUGCACACAACAAAGCCAUACACAUAGCUGCGGAAGGAACAGUCUCAGUGACAGACACUUCACAGAUACAAAAUAUAACGAUAGUCGGCUUCCCGGAUUAUCUGAACAACGAAUUCAAAAUAGCACUGUACGCAAAAGAAACUCGAAGAUAUUUGUGUUUCAACGACAAUUGGAGAUUAGUUGGCAUGAGGGAGCUGCGAGAUACCUGCUAUUUCAACGAGACCAUCGUGCACGGAUAUUUCGUGUUCCGUUCCGUUGUCGAUCUGCAGCGACGUGUCGGGUUCACGCACCGAGGUAAGCCUGUGGGGCCCAAGAAGAGCGUCAACGAUGCCUGCUACAUGUUCAACAAGAUCGAGGCCGAGCAGUUUUUCCGCCAUCACCAUAACAAUGGCAACAGUGGCAACAACAAUGGCAAUGGCAGUGGCAAUGACAAUGGCAAUGGCAGCAACAACAGUCGCAAGCCCCCGCGCAACAACAAAAACAAUCGCCACAAAUCGAAUAACCAAAAUCAAAAGUUGCAACAGCAACAGGAGCAUCAUGGCCAUAAUAAUAAUAAUAAUAACGUUAUUCUUAAUAAUAGUAAUACUAGUUUAAGUAGCACUAACAAAAAGCAAUUAGCGAUAAACAGGCAGAGGCAGCAACAGCAGCAACAUCAGGUGCGACAUCAUCACAAUGAUCCAUCGCUGCUGCUGCGACGACAGCAACACGAGAAGAAGCAGAAGCGGCGCAAGCAACAGAAGCAGCAGCAACACCAACAACGAGUAUCAGCUAGUCCAACGAAUCCGAUGCCUGCAACACCCACAGCAGCGCCAGCAGCAACACCAACCGUUGCAGCCACAUCGCCGGCAACAGCAACACGAUCGACAACAGCAGCAAUGAGCAGCAAGCGCAAGGGCCGGCGAAGAAAGGCCAAGGUCAGGCCAAAGGCGCAACAGCAACAACAGUUGCAGCUACUUGCCACGGCAGCAACAUCGCCCUACACCGACGACACCCUGUACGGCAGCAGCAGUAGCAGCAGCAGCACGGGUUUCGAGGAUUUGGACAUCUACAAUAGCAGCAGCAGCAGCGGCAGCAGUUCCAGCUUGGAUCCCUGGUCCACUUGGUCCACGAUCGAUAGCUUUAGCGGCAGCAGCACAACAGCAACAUCUGACGACAGUAUUAGCAGCAGCAGCAGCAGCAACUACGACGCCUGGGCCACCUACAUCACCGAAAUGGAGGCCGAGGCAUCGGCCAUGACGCCCGAGAUGGGCGGCAACGACACCGAGUUGAUGCAGUACGAGGCCGAGUUGGUGGACGAUCCGGAGGCGGAGUCCACGGCGACAAUUGAAACCAAAGCAACAUCAGUAACAUCAACAAUAGCGGCAACGGCGGCCACAACUACCUCGACAGCGGGCUCCCAGCUGGUGAUAGAGCAGACGCCGCUGGCCAGGAGCAACAUCAGCAACAAGAGCAGCAGCAGCACGAAAGCAACACCAACGGCAACCAGUCAGACUGAAACAGCACAGAGCACGCAACAACCAAGCAGGCAUCGCAGUAACAGCAGGGAAGAUCACCUGGACAAUUCCGACAUGUUGCUAGCGGGCGAGAACGAAGUGAAGCCACAACAGCCACGCAAGUUACUGUGGACAGUGCAACCACCGCUCGCAACACGUGGCAGCACACUAGCAACAUUGGUGGCAACACCAGAGCAGCAACACACCAGCACGACAGCAACCGCGGCCACGACACCGGAGCAACAUGUUGCACCGUCACUCUUCAGCGUGGACAAGAACAUCAACAGCAACCUGAACAACACACUAACGGAGGCUUCUCCCACGGCAACAUCAACAUCCAGCAUCACGUCCGCAACAACCAUGAAGAGACCCAUACGGAAGUUCACCAAGAAGCUAAUGGCCACGCCCUACCACCAGCUGACCUAUGUGCGCAAUGCGGGCGGAGAUAUCGACAUCGAUAACCUGGACAACAUCAGUGUGUAUCCCGUUCUCUACGAUGGUGAUCUGGAGGGGAAUGGCGGCGGCAACAGCUCCGACGGCGGCUUCAGCGGGUUCCUGCCCACCUCGACCACCUCACACCUGACGGAACCGAUUCGCAUCGGCAUGAACAGGAUAAGGCCGAAUAAGACACUGCAUUGGUUCACUCAUCAGAGAUUUGCGUAGUAGUCAGGGAUUGACGCAUUUUGGCUAUUAGAUCUUUAAAAAGGAGAACUGCUCGAAUUUCCACUUUCACAGGCAACAACAUUUAAUAGUGAAAAAAUUGAAUAAAUAAAUCGGAACAUAAUAAUCUCAAGUGAAAAUCAAUUGCAUACAAUCAGUUUCUAUGGGAUAAAAUAAUAAUUUCCAAAUUGAAAUCUUUUAGAUGCAUUUUAAAACUCGUAAUCCUGUGAAAGUGAAAUCCAGAACAGACUCUUUUUAGAGAGACAUACCUAUACUCAGCACUCAGUUUUCAAGAGAAUUUAGGCAAAAACGAGACAAGAAAACAAGAACAACAAUUGUAUGGAUAAAUAUUUCAAAUUACUAAUGAACUGAUACAUAUAUAUAUAAACAUAUAUAGAACUCGAUAUACAAAGGAGUUGCUUACUGUUCAGUACCUCGACUCAGACAGGACUUUGCACUUGCACCACGCCUAAAAGCACACUACAUAAGCGAAACCGGAAGCGGAAGCCGGCGUGGAGCCGAUAACGAUAACUCAGGCCGCACUUCAUCCAGUAGCGAGUACAGUGAAGACUCCACCAACUGCACUCGGGAGGCCGCAGGCAACGAACUCGCAGAACUGCUACAUAGUUAUAAAUGAAAAGACAAUAAGAUUUUUAUUUACGAGUAUGUGCUAUAUAAACUAUCAAAUUCAUGAACCGAAGCGAUAGCGAUAAUCGAAAAACAAAAUGCUAAAAUUGUUGAAAUGGAAAUUAUGAAAGCGCGACAUUCAAGUGCAAGCAAAUAAACGUUUCGAAUGCACUGAAAAAAAAGCGUAGCGAACUUUUGAUUUACUAAAUCAAUUAAAUAUAUUAGCAAUGAGAAUUAAUAAAUACAAAUGCAAACAAAAAUCGAUAUAUAUUAUAUACAUAUAUGCAUAUAUUUUCAAAAUUUUAUAACGAACCAAAAACCAAUUAGCAAACAAAUUUAACACGGUGAACGAAACACGAAUGAAGAAGUUUUUUAAAUUCAUACGCAAGCAGAACUAAGAGUCGGUAACGAUAACGAUAACAAAUUCGCACAGCAAAACACUUCCAAAAAAUGAAAGGUUAAAACUAAAUAUUAAACAAUUUUACUAGGCACAAGCGAACGAAAUUGGGUUAGAAGAACAAAAAAGGAAAACUCCAUUCAAAAUAAACCGAAUUUUUUAAGCAAAUACAAAAAAUUGUUGUAAUGGUCAGCAUGGAAAUUGAUUUUAGGACACAGUUUGUGGCCGAUAUCCAAUUCGAGGGAGGAUGGAAACAAAUUUUGAGUAAUGGAAAAUUUUAAAGACAACUACUAACGUAUGUAUCCAGAUAUGUACUGCAACCAAACACCAAAAUUCACACUGAAUAAGCAACGUUAUAUUUAUUAAUUGAGCAAAACUAAAAACUAAAUCUACGAAUUGAAUCAAAAUACAGCAAAAAGAAACCAACUGCUGCUUUUCUACAUACGAGUAUAUAUAAAUAUAUAUAUAUAUAUAUAUACAUAUAUAGACACAUAUAGGCAUAUGUGGACGACAUGGAAAAAGAUAACGCAAAAAUUGUUUCUCAUAUAUUUAUAUUAAUAUUUAAAAUAAAUAGUUCAAACAUAUUAGCAAACCAAAUACGCGAAAUUAAAACAAUUUGAGGGAAAAUGCGAAGGCACAGAAACAAAAAACUGAAGCGUCAAGUUUAUAUGUAGAGAUAUGUAUGAAUGUAAAUUUAAAGUGAACAAAGAAAACCCAAACAAAAUGAAGUUAAAGCAAGAUGCUUAGGUGAAAAUUUAAUUAGUGUGUACUUAAGACAAGAAACCAUUUAACAAUUGAACGAUUAAUUAUUAACAUAACUAGGCAUUGAAGCAGCACUCAACUAAAUAAAACCGAUACGAAACCGAAGCCGAAACGAAGCCGAAAAACACACAACUCGAAUUGAACCACUGUACUUAUUCGUAUGCGCGUUGCUGUAAUAUAAACGAAAUUCUUAUGUUGAAUCGACGUCGAAUGGGAAAACUCGAUGAAUCGAUGACUAUAUCUACGACAGCAGAAAUUAUUUAUUUAACAGUAUAUCGGAAUAAUCGAAGCGAGUCUAUCGGACUGGAGCGGGGACCGAUUGUCAUAUGUCAUUUGUAAAUUCAUUUGCACUUUUCUUUCUACUAAUUACGUUUAAUUAAUGGAUUAAUCAUACGCCUAAGUUAACACUAAGUUAACACGCAUCAUUGUACAUUGUAAUAUGUUUUAUUCCUAAGCCGAGCAUUAAAUGUAAUUAUUUAUGUAUAAAAGCAAAAUGAUUCUUUCGCCCAUGUAUAACACUUGCGCCCACUUCUCUAUCUCCAAGUCUGUCCCCCCAUACUUUCUAUCUCUUUUAAUCUCUAUCUUAUAUAUACGAAUAUAUAAACGACUAUUUAAUUGCAUUUCUUUGUAUUAAAACGAGUAACAACACACUAGAAAUUGAAUAAAAAGCCUCAACAAAAUAUUCAACACUUUUCAUUUCUCUUGUAUGUAAGAUUGCUUCAUUUUCAACUUUUUAAAUAAAUGCUCAGUUGUUUCUUUUUUGUUCGUUUACG